AUGAGGCCAGGGGGCACACACUUCCAUUGCCCCAAAUCCCAAUUACCUUCUCAACCUAAUCGUAUCCACCGCCAUCUUCUCUCAACUGAAAUACCCACAUCAAUCCAUAAUCCAAUCUUCAAUCGAUUGCUUCUGAGAUACCAAAUCCAGAAGCAUCAACCAAAGAUUCUUCAAGCAAAAAUCAGAAAUCGGUGUCUCAAUAGGUUAUGGGUUGUUUCUCUUUCUUCUUUCGCCGGAGUGCAGACCCACCAACUAGCCGGUUUUCUGAAUUCGAAGAUGAAUUAUCCGAAUCCCGCCAACAAGAUUGGGGAAGGUGGAUUUGGUCCCGUUUACAGGGGAAGACUAAGACAUGGGAAAGACGCUGCUAUAAAGGUUCUUUCUGCUGAAUCAAGACAAGGCGCAAGAGAGUUUUUAACAGAAAUCAAAGUGAUUUCUGAUAUCGAGCAUGAAAAUUUAGCCAAGCUUUGUGGAUGUUGUGUCGAGGGAAACCACAGGAUUUUAGUAUACGAUUAUCUUGAAAAUAACAGCCUGGCUCAGACCCUUCUUGGUAAUGGGCAUAGUUCUUUAGAGUUUAGUUGGCGAACAAGAAGUAAGAUAUGCAUAGGAAUUGCACGAGGGCUUGCUUUUUUACAUGAGGAAGUGCGCCCACAUAUUGUUCAUAGGGAUAUUAAAGCAAGCAAUAUUCUUCUUGAUAAAGAUUUAACACCCAAGAUUUCGGAUUUUGGUCUUGCAAAACUCAUCCCUGCAAACAUGACACAUGUCAGUACGCGUGUGGCUGGAACAAUUGGUUAUUUGGCACCAGAAUAUGCAAUUCGAGGCCAGUUGACACGUAGAGCCGAUGUUUAUAGUUUUGGUGUUCUUCUUGUUGAAAUUGUCAGUGGGAGAUGCAACACAAACUCACUAUUGCCAAUCGAAGAACAAUUUAUUCUUGAAAGGACGUGGGAUCUUUAUGAAAGAAACGAAUUGAUAGAGCUUAUAGACGCGGAAUUAAACGGUGAUUUUGAUGUAGAAGAGGCAUGUAAAUAUUUAAAAAUCGGUCUUUUAUGCACCCAAGAUAAUCCAAAGCUUCGACCCGUGAUGUCAACCGUGGUCAAAAUGUUGUCUGGUGAGAUGGAAAUUGAUGAGGGAAAGAUUACAAAACCGGGUCUUAUUUCAGAUUUCAUGGAUCUCAAGGUCAGAAGCACCCCAAACAAGACUGCAAAUCAUGAUCCUAAAAAGAACAUAUUCAAUACUACUACUACAUCUUCAGGUUCUGAUAAUGCAGAACAUUCGUUAUUAACAUCAAAUAAUACAUCACAAUCCACUAUGACCUUUACAGAUGUGUGGGAUCGGACUAAUUGACCCAAGUUCAUUGAAGAAUUCGCAUGUUUCUUUUUUCUUUUUUGUUUUUGAAAAACUUGAAUCUUUUUGGAGGUUAGGGCAAGGGGUUGGAGGUAUAUAUGGUUUGUAAAUUUGUAUAUUUUUGUCUUUAUGCAAUUCUUCGAAGAUGGGUUUUCUGUAAAGGUUUCUUACUUUCUUUUUUGGUUUAGAUGGAAUCAUUAGUAGAGAUUUGGAGA